AUGAUGAAAGACGGUGAUAGUGAUCUAACAAGAAGACAACAAGAUGAACGUUUAGUGUUAGAAUCAAUUUACGGCGAUGAUAUCAGAGAUGCUAACACCAAAAAAACUUGGAAGACAUGGAAACCGUUGGACAUAAUCAUUCAUUUAAAACCGGUGCAAUCGGCUAGUAUCAGUGAGAGUAAAGUAUUCGUAUCGAUUGAUCUUCAUGUGAAAUGCUCUAGAACGUACCCAGCUGAGAGUUCCCCAGAAAUAUUUUUGGAGAAUGCGAAAGGAAUAUCAGUUGAGGAUUUGUCACUUCUCAAACGACAACUUACUCAAAAAGCUCAAGAAAACAAGGGUUCGGUGAAUGAAGAGUGGAUGAAUGCUGAUAUAUAUGAUACUGGAUGUAUAAUUAAGGAAGUAAUAAUGGAAUUGUGUCAGAUAAUACAAGAGUUUCUUUAUGACAGAAAUAAACCGCCUUCUGGUUCAUUUCAUGAGGGAAUGUUACGACACAAAGCCGAUUCGGAGAAUGAGAAAAGACUAUUACGUGUCAGUUCAGAGCAAAGAGAGCGCGAUGAAAUAAAGGCAUUCGAGGAGAUGCGUAAAGAACAGUUAUUAUGGAAAGAGGCCGAAGAUGAAGAAGAUAAAAUGAAGUUUUCGUCAGCGAGCAGUGAUCUGUUCGACUGUGAACUUAUCACAACUAUUGAUGGCUAUGAAAAACGUAUUUGCAAAGUUCAAAAAAACUCUCUCAAACGACACUCACCUGAUUUAUUAUGCUCUGAAUGGAUUGCUAUUGAACCAUCAUUUAAUCGAAAGAUGUUGGUAUCAGAAUGGAAUUUCAACUAUGCAUCGGGAAGGAAAGGAACAGUCCGUAGAAGUAGAUUCAAUACCAAUUUCUUCGAAUCAAAAGUGGAUUGUUUUGAAAAAGAAAUGAUGAAAUUAUGCAAAUUGAAUCGAACAGAUCAUGCGUUAUGCGCUUAUACGUUUAUUGCAGUUCAAAAGAAGGCAAUCAGCAAUUCAGAUGUUAAUGUCAGGAUUCUUUACGGGCAGUCAAUUGCCGAAAACAGUUUGGUGUUAGUGAACAACGACCGCUUCAUUGAUUCUCAACCGGAACUACAAUUAUCUCGUUUGGCAUUUCAAAUGGUGUAUGCAAUUAAAUGGUUGCAUGAAAAUCAUUUAUUCCAUGGUAAUUUAUCGACGAACUCGAUUUGGAUUACUAAUAAACGAUUCUUCAAAUUUUCUGACUACGUCUUAUUACAUCGCUUACGAGAGAUGUGUGGUAUNUUCGAGAAGUGUUCAGCAGCUGAUGUGGAUAUAAAUACUGAAUUUGAGUUGGAGAAAGAUAUUCGACGUAGAGAUUUAUCAGAAUUGAGUGAAUUCUUUGCGAGAUAUAAAGGUUCACUUGAUAAUGCCGUUAUCAAUAAUUAUUUGAACAAAUUUAUCGAAGAUUGUAAAUCAGUGAAAUCAAUCGAUGAACUUGUCGAUCAUCCAUUCAUUAAUCAAGAGGGCAGGUCUAUUGAUUCACCGUCGCUAUCGUCAAAUGUACUCUCAUCAAUGCAGUUGAGUAUUUCACAAGCGAAUCAGCAUAGUCGUCUAAAGAAUGAAUUCUUAUAUAUUGAUUUCCUCGGAAGAGGAGGUUUCGGUGAUGUGAUCUUAGCAAGGAACAAACUCGAUGGUAAUGAAUACGCAGUGAAAAGAAUACCGUUAGACCCUAAGGACAACCGUCUCAACAGAAAAUUACUCCGAGAGGCAAAACUUUUUUCGCGACUAAACCAUCCGAAUGUUGUGCGUUAUUACAGUGCAUGGAUUGAAGAUGCACCUUUGCCUCCGCAAGAGACACAAUUUGAUAUUGAACAGUCUCAGAAGAUCAGAUCUGCAGAUGAUGACGGUUUAAUGAAAAGAAAUCAUGUAAUUAACGCAGAUUCGCUGAUGCCACUACGAUUAAGAAACGCGGAGAUGUGUGCAGCGAAGAUGGCUGGUGACUCAACAGCCGAAUGGUCAACGUCCUUCAAACCAAUAUCGAGUGCUGGAGUUCAGUCGAAUUCUGAAUCUGAUUCGGAUUCAGAUGAUGAGAAUGAUGCCAAUCAAAUUCACACUAUCUUCUCGUCAGUCUCACACAAUACCAACGAUAAUUCUGAUUUCGAUGUCUUAUUCGAAGGUGAACGGGAAACGGAAUCAGCAGAUGAAUGCGAUGCUACUGAAACAUCAAACAAGUCCGAUUCAGAAUGGUCCAACAAACAUCUGCAAACAAUGAAUAGUUCAUUAAAUGCUCAUCAAAUACCACCAAGGAUUCUAUUCAUCCAAAUGGAAUACUGUGAAAAGUCAACUUUGAGAAUACUGAUUGAUUCUGGUAGAUUGUUGGGUAAUCAACGCGCGAUUUGGCGUAUUUUUAGAGAGAUCUUACAGGGAUUGCAAUACGUCCAUCAAGAGGGAAUGAUUCACCGCGAUAUUAAACCGAUGAAUAUUCUAAUCGAUGGUAAUGAACGUGUAAAAAUUGGUGAUUUUGGUCUAGCAACUCGUGAUUUUUUGUGUCGAAAAUCGAUACUGAAAAGCGAUAAUAACUGUGAUACCAGUAAUGAACUAUCAAUUACGAAAGACAUUGGCACAGCUUUGUAUAUCGCACCUGAGUUGUUAUCCACAUCUAAUGAUAACGCUAGUUUCACCACCAAAAUUGAUGUUUACAGCGUUGGCAUAGUCUUGUUUGAAAUGUUCUAUCGUCCGUUAUUACCUGGAAUGGAACGGAUCACGAUGAUAAAAUCUCUUCGUAACGCUCUGAUCUUCCCUUCAGAUUUUGCAGCUGAUGUUCCCGAGGUUCAUCGUAAAGCAGCGAAAGAAUUAAUCAAAAUGAUGUUGCAACAAAUACCCGAGCAAAGACCAUCAGUGCAGAAUUUGAUCGACAGUGAGAAAGUGCCGAUCGUUGAAAUUGAAGAGAAUCAAUUUCAGAAGAUGUUCUGUCAAACGUUGCAUACUCGUGGUGGUCGUAUGCAUCAGUGGAUGAUCGAUACGAUGCUCAAUGAGCCUCUUCCGAUCGCCGCUGAUUACUUGUAUGACAGAGGUGUUUGCUCAUUGGAUCGUCUGUCAAUCUCACGACUGCGUAAUAUUGAAUGUAUAAACACCGAAUUAUCAGCAAUAUGUAACCUUCACGCAUUCAUUCCAUUCAUGUGUCACUCCAUUGCACCAUUUAAUGAUCAGUCAAUCAAUAAGGAGCCAUCGAAGUCAAAGGCAAAAAUUUGUCGUUUCAUCGAUGAUAAUGGUAUCACUAUUACUCUGCCAUACGAUCAUCGUCGAACGUUUAUUCGUUACUGCGUUCGUAAUGGACUGAAUCGUUUGAAGAGAUAUGCGCACGGCAAAGUGUUCAGUCGUUCAGAUGCACUUGGUGGAAUUCACCCAAUCGAACGCAACGAAUUCGCAGUCGACUGCAUCGGUGCAGUUCACUCGUCAUCAGCGUUAACUGCUGAUCUAUUGUGCAUAAUGAUCGAAGCAGCACAUCGACUGAAUGCGAUCAAUUCCUAUAAAUGGCGACUGGUCAUCGGUCAUCGUUCACUGAUCAUCGCCACUGCGUUCUACCUCGGUUUCGUUGAUCCCUCUUCCAUCCACAAAAUACUCAACGUCCUUUAUAUUACAACCACCACCACAAACAAAGUAAUGAGUCGGGAACAGAAAGUUGAACGUUUGAGAGUUGGAGGUGAAAUGUCGUAUAAUCAAGCGAAUUCAUUAUUGAAUAUUCUCGAUGGUGAUGACGAUUCGUUAGAGGGCAUUAAGGAAAGAUUCAAGCCGUUGAUACAAUCACGAAAUGAUAAGAUCAGCAAGAUAAAUGAUCGUUUGAUAUUCGAUGGUUCAUUGUGCUACAGACCACAAACUUUUUCAAGUGGUAUAAUAUUCCAGUUGCAAGUUUUGAUUCAUCAUAAACGGACCUUUCGAACAGUUAUCGUUUGCAGCGGAGGUCGUUACGAUGAUUUACUGACUGAAGAACGUCACGUCCAGGAUCCGAAACCACCAAUCACACUGUGUGCAGUCGGUUGUGCGUUUGCAGUGGACUCUAUCGCACAGCUGCAGUCUGCUAAUGCUGAUCGUACUCAGAAGAGUCGUUUGUCGUGGUGUACUGCGUUGGUGUGUUCUACAUCAGCAUCAUUACUCGAGCAAAAAACGCAUUUGGUUCAAAAUUUGUGGAGAAUGGGUAUUUCGGCUGAUUUUCUGCAUGACCCUGUUGAAACGUUCCAAGUUGACCAUCUCAUCGAUCAUUGUAAUGAUGAGAACAUAGAUGAAUUAUUAAUAGUGAUUGAUAAUGACCAAGUACUGGUAAGAUCGAAAGGAAACGAUCUUGGUAAGAUGCGAUUCGAUGAGUUGUUCGAAAGAUAUAGCAGCAGCAGCAGCUCUGGUCAGCAGUCGAAUGCGAACUUCAACAACGACCCAACAACGGCAUCACUGUCCUCGUCAUACACCCACUCUCAUUCACCGAUCAGAUAUCCUGUUCAGAGCACUAACACAUCCACCGCUACGUUCGCUAAUUUGAACAUCCAUUAUGCACUGUGUGAAAAACUUGCUUACAACACCAAAAAACGUAUCGAGGUUUGUUGCUGUCCAAUCUGA